AUGGUCGACGGUCGGGAUCAUCCUGGGGCUACGAAUAAUAGAGAUAAGGGCGAGGCGUCUGUUGACGUGUUCCAGGUCCACGUGUACGCGUCCCAUUCGUCCACGCUCGUCGCGCUCCGGUCGCACAUCGCCGCGCUGGACGAGCAUUCGGCGCCACCCAUCGCGGCGGAAUUCCUGGAAGAACUGCGACGCGUGAAGAAGCAUCUAAACCGCGGCUCAUCAUCCUCCCCAUCCUCCUCAUCCUCCUCUUCCCCUAUCUCCUGCUCUCCUUCCUCCUCUCCUACCCCUUCUCCUUCCUCCUCCUCCCUCUCUUCCUCUGAAGAUCGAACAGCCGCUCCCUCCCUUCCUCCUCCCCUCGCUGCGCUCCUUCCAAAGGCCCUCUCCGCUAAAAGCACAUCCGUUAAAGGCACAUUCGCGCAAGCCUUCAACGCCGUCGGCUACGUGCGCAACGCCCUCAUUUCCUCGCACCUUCCUUUCGAGCCCGGGCGAGCUGACUCGAGGAAGAAUUUGUUUGCGACGCGAUUCGCUACAGUCACCUUCACUAAGGAGGAAACGGCCGCCCUUUUGGCCGCAGGGGAGUCGCACGGGUGCUCCCUGUUCUCCUUGGAGUGCGCAGCGGGGCUCAAAGCUGCCGCCCGGAUGAAGCACCUGGGCGGCAGAACUGAAGUGUUCAGCCUGGGCAGUGCCAUUGGUUGCCGGACAAUACUGAACCCGCCACUUCCCCAGACCGCCUUGGGCGAGUACAUGUCAAUGCUGCCUCUCAAGCAGGAGGUUUCCGAGAAGCUGCCCUUCUGGGACGUUGCCACGUCAAUCAGCGCCCAUGCUGAGUCAGCGCUGCAGCGGCAGCAGCAGUUUACAGACAUGCCUGUUCUGGAGCUGCUCUUCUCCACGGGUGGGAGGGCGCGGAUGGGUGGUGAUGGUGGUUUGGGGGCGUGUAUGCAUGAGGACGCAUGGAUGGGGAUGGAGGGUGGGGGGAAUAAGGACCCCAUGGGGAAGGGGAAUUGGAGUGCAGGUGAGAUGGGGUGGAAGGGUGAGGGGCGUAGGAAGGAUAGGCGGAGUGAGAAGGGUGAGAGGGGUAAGAAGGGUGGGAGGGGUGAGAGGGAGUGCGCGGGGAGUUGA